UUUGCGUUGAUCCAGACGGACGGACAUGGCUUUUUGAACUCGUCUCGUUUAUGCGUUGCACUCUUCUGACCUAAAUCAUUGCAAGGGUAUAAAAGGGGACAGAUAAGAAAUCGUUGAAUCUUUAUCGUUAUUAUUUUUAUUUUUGUUUAUUUUUAAUAACAUUUAACUCUCAAUGACUCUGAAAGUACACACUUUUCUUCUUUCGACCUUUGGCUGGUCACCCGAUAAUCGACGUCACUUGUCGGGCUUUCAAUUUGCAGACUAGUGUUAUUACGCCUCGCUGAUACAUAUUUUAAUAAUGAGAUAAGAUUUUCAAAGUCUGUGAUGAAAGAUUUACACUUCAAAUGAUAGCUUUGACAUUAUAUUGUUUGUGGGUUUUAAUGAUUUCUGAUUCAUACAGAUCGUGCUUCUAUAUAAUGAAGCACCUUCCAAAUCUACAAUUGUUUUGUUCUCCCUCCGAUAAUGCAAUACUGUAAGGCAAUUACAUCAAAAAUAGAAUGGAAUGUAUGUAUAUUAUAGAGUUCAAAGCAAUUCAUUUUACAGCCAUUUUACCCUAGAAGACUUCUAUAGGGAUGCUUGACUGUAUUUGUAAUCCCAACAAUUGCUGAUAAAACUAGAUCAAAAGUAAUCAGCAUUAUUAUUCGAAUUUUUCCCGGUGUACAGAUUAAGUAGAUUUAAUUUUAAAUAUCUUAGAUAUCACAUUUUAAUACGUUUCAUUUGCAGGCAUAUUUCAUAUUUAAAGAAUCAUGGUCACAUUUCGUUUUUGCACACUAUUUGCCAGGGUCGGAUCUAAAAAUGGGGUGGCGGUUCAACAGUUUCGAUAAUAUAAAUAGUCUAAUCGCCUGGUUAAUGACGCCUUGUGUCAAUAAAUUAUUGUUCUUUGUGGGUUUUUCCAUUCCGUCAAGCGUUUCACUGGGCCCCGGAAAUAGUGUGCCCUCUGCUAAGGGCGGACCUGGCUGAUGGCCUUAAUUGUGCAAUAUAAUUGUUGAUAGACAUUAUUUUUUUAAAGACUUUCCAUAAAUUUUAAUUGCUGCCGCCGAAAAGUAUGUGAGCACGCAUCAGAUUACUGACUAAGGCAAGUGGCUGAUAAUCCGAUGAGGCGCACGAUUAGAUUGCAUGAGGCGAGAGACUUCAAACUGAAGUGAGUAGUCGCUAUGGUCGGAUGGAUUUACUUGCUUAGCGUAUUAAGCAACUGUGUCAGAAUCAGCUCUGCUGAUAAUGGCUAUUAUACAGCUGGUGUAGUGGAAUUUCGACCAGCUGUUACUGGUGGAAACUCAUCGCAGUUGCUGGAGGAGAAUCUGCUGGCCUAUCUGGCAUUAAUAAAAGAGGCAAAUGGCACAACAGACAUCAUAGUAUUUCCCGAGGCAACCCUCAAUACACAACUCCAGUUGACUGCUGUGCCAGAGGCUAACCCAAAUCGAAGCAUAUGUGACGACGAUGGCGUGGAAGACGACAAGGUGGCCCCGUUUCUCCGGGAGUUGGCUUGUGCCGCUCAAGAGGCUCACACCUAUUUGGUAGUGAAUGUGAAGGAGCGUGAGUACUGCCAUAACGAAUCAUUGUCGUGUCCGUCGCGGGGCUAUAAUAUAUACAAUUCGAAUGUGGUGUUUGAUCGUCGCGGUGCCAUUGUCUCACGAUAUCGGAAAUGGAAUCUAUAUCUGGAGCCCUACACAAAUCGAACUAGUGAACCCGAGUAUGCCACCUUUGAGACGGAUUUCAAUGUGACUUUUGGCCAUUUCAUUUGCUUCGAUAUGCUGUUCUAUGAGCCAGCUCAAAGCCUUGUAGAACGCCUGGGCAUACAUGAUAUAAUCGUCACGAAAAUGUUCAACUCCGAGUUGCCCUUUCUAACAGCCACACAAUUUCAGCAGGCCUGGGCCUGGGGCAACAAUGUCAAUCUAUUGGCAUCCGGUGCCAGUCUGCCGACAUCUGGCAUAACAGGCAGUGGCAUCUAUGCUGGACGACACGGUGCCUUAGCUCGUCUUAUGGUGGCCAAUCAAACGGAAGGAGAACGAAAGCUUUUGCUGGCUCGUGUGCCCAUAUGGUCAGCCGAAGCUGAUCCCGUUGUGGACCUGGACUCUGUCGAGCAUCUUUUGCAAAAUGAUUUACCAUUACUUCAGCAGCAAUCAAUUCUUGAUUUCUCCAGCGAUCUUCUGCCGCUGUUUCCCGGAUUAGUCGAAUGGUAUUCUCAAAAGUAUUAUGCCGAUCUGUUCUGUGAAUUUAACAUAUCGAUGUUUGUGAAUGGAAACCGACCCCCCAAAUAUUACUAUCGAGUAGUUGCACUAAUGGAUCGGCGUAGAUAUGAAGAGGAGCAGUAUAGUCUGAUAAGGGUUUGUGCCCUAUACGCCUGCCGUAAUUCCAGUGUCGAGUCCUGCGGCAUGCUGAAUGAAGAGACAGACAGGGAAAUGGUUGAGUUCCAAGCAGUACGGAUUAGAGGAAAUUUUGUUCAACGUAAUCGCCGAUUACUUAUGCCGAAUUCGCUGACAGAGUCACUUUAUGCCCUUCAGCCAACCGAUAUGACAUGGCUCCAAGAGGAUCGUAGUAAUGGCACAACUUGGGCGGAAGUGGAACUAACGAAGCCCCAGGAAUUAUUAGCCUUUGGCAUCUAUGGCAAUUACUUUGAUGAAGACAAUCAGGAAGACAAUGACAAGGGAACAGGCACGACGAAACAUUCAAGCAAAAGUUUAGUCUUAAUACUUUUACUGUCUAUUUCUAUUUUUAUUAAUUAAAAGAGAAUUCUAUGAAAGUAAUACCAAAAAAAUAAACUGAGACUAGACGAGAUUAAGUCCUUUAGCCAUGUAUGUUCAUGCGUUUAUCGGGAUCAGUACAAACUCAUCAUAGAUCGUCCUUGAGAAAUUUCAUAAAGGUUGAAAACUCGAAGGAACAAACUUAAACUGCGUGGCAUAACCCGACAUGUACAUGUAUCCGAUGUAUAUAUAAAACCGCAUUAAGGUAGCCUAGAUAUGUUUGUUUACUUUAGUCGUUGGUAACUGAACUAAGUCCCGAGAUGUAUAAACCAAUAUGAAUUAAAAGUUUCAGACGACUUAAUUAACCUUUGAUUUCCAUGAUUAUAAUACCAUUUGAGUGCCAUAUGAGGAUAUAUAUCCUGAUUAAAGAACAAAGCAUGACCCGUUUCCAGUGUCAGGAGUGGCAAAAGCUACGUCCCCGCACCCCUUGAGAAGUCCGACGUAUUAAAGUAUGCGGUUUUUUGGAUCCAACAUAUAUAUGUACCUACAUGUAUGUACAUGUCUUGUUUUUUAAAACAAUAUUCUAUCAAUUAUUGAGAUUGUA